UUUUGAUGAUUGUUAAAACCAGGUUCUUCACAUGGACCGGAAUGACUAUUAUGGAGGAGAGUCCACUUCUCUCAAUCUUAAACAGCUCUGGAAGAGAUUUAGAGGAAAUGAUCAACCGCCGCCUCAUUUAGGUUCAAGCAAGGACUACAAUGUAGAUAUGAUUCCAAAGUUUAUGAUGGCCAAUGACAGUCUUGUUCGGGUCCUCAUUCACACAGAUGUAGCAAAAUAUUUGUACUUUAAAGCAGUGGAUGGAAGCUAUGUCUACAACAAAGGAAAGGUCUACAAGGUACCAGCAACUGAUGUGGAAGCCCUCAAAUCUCCCCUUAUGGGUAUUUUUGAGAAGCGUCGUGCUCGGAAAUUCAUCAUCUAUGUCCAGAAUUAUGAUGAAAAGGAUCAAAAAACACACGAGGGAAUGGAUCUAACUAGGAUUCUAACUAGAGAUCUUUUCACAAAAUACGGUCUGGAUGAAAACACUGUGGACUUUGUUGGUCAUGCAUUCGCCUUACACAGAGAUGACCGAUACUUGAAUGAACCUGCAUUAGAUACCGUGAAAAGAAUGAAGCUUUAUGCAGAGUCUCUGGCUCGUUUUCAAGGCGGUUCACCCUACAUAUACCCAUUGUAUGGUUUGGGAGAGCUCCCCCAGGCAUUUGCUCGGCUUAGUGCUGCCUAUGGCGGGACUUACAUGUUGAGCAAACCUGACUGCGUGGUGGAGUUCAAUGAAGUAGGUGAGGUUGUUGGUGUGACAUCGGAAGGUGAAACUGUCAAGUGCAAGAAAGUUGUAUGUGAUCCUUCUUACUUGCCCAAUAAGGUGAGAAAAGUGGGAAGGGUUGCUAGGGCAAUAUGCAUAAUGAGCCAUCCGAUCCCCAACACCAAUGAUUCACAUUCUGUCCAGGUCAUUCUUCCACAAAAGCAGUUGGGUCGAAAAUCGGACAUGUAUCUUUUCUGUUGCUCUUAUACUCACAAUGUGGCUCCAAAUGGGAAGUUCAUAGCAUUUGUGUCAACAGAGGCAGAAACUGAUCAGCCGGAGAUUGAACUCAAACCUGGGAUCGAUCUUCUAGGCCAUGUUGAGGAGAUGUUCAUUGAUGUAUACGACAGAUAUGAGCCUUCUCUGGACAAUUGCUUUAUAUCCACUGUGAGUUCUUAA